ACCUCGCGGGUGCCGCCGAGCUGCGCACAGUGCGAGAGGCGUCCGAUGGGGGUCCCGGCUUUUUUCCGCUGGCUGAGCCGCAAGUACCCGUCCAUCAUCGUGUCGUGCAUUGAGGAGAAGCCUAAAGAAUGUAAUGGUAUCAAAAUUCCCAUUGACUCCAGCAAACCAAACCCCAAUGAAGUGGAAUUUGAUAAUCUGUAUUUGGAUAUGAAUGGCAUCAUCCACCCUUGUACACAUCCUGAGGACAAACCAGCACCCAAAAAUGAAGAUGAAAUGAUGGUGGCCAUAUUUGAGUAUAUUGACAGGCUUUUUAAUAUUGUGAGACCGAGGCGGCUUCUCUACAUGGCAAUAGAUGGAGUGGCUCCCCGUGCAAAAAUGAACCAGCAAAGAUCUAGAAGAUUUAGAGCAUCAAAGGAAGGAGUGGAGACUGCAGAAGAGAAGCAGAGAAUCAGACAAGAAAUUUUAGAGAAAGGUGGCUGUCUUCCUCCAGAAGAAAUAAAAGAAAGAUUUGAUAGCAAUUGCAUUACUCCAGGGACUGAGUUUAUGGACAAUCUUGCUAAAUGCCUUCGCUAUUAUAUUGCUGAUCGUUUAAACAAUGAUCCAGGAUGGAAAAACUUGGCAGUUAUUUUAUCUGAUGCUAGUGCUCCUGGUGAAGGUGAACACAAAAUCAUGGAUUACAUACGAAGGCAAAGAGCUCAACCGAAUCAUGAUCCAAACACUCAUCACUGUUUGUGUGGUGCUGAUGCUGACUUAAUUAUGUUGGGAUUGGCUACACAUGAACCAAACUUUACUAUAAUUAGAGAAGAAUUUAAACCUAAUAAACCGAAGCCAUGUGCUCUUUGCAACCAGUUUGGACAUGAAGUUAAGGACUGUCAGGGUCUGCCAAAAGAAAAACAAGGGGAGCACGAUCAAUUUGCAGAUUGUCCUCCUGGUUCGGAACAAGAAUUUAUCUUUAUUCGCUUAUGUGUUUUGAGAGAAUAUUUGGAAAGAGAGCUAACGAUGGCCAGUUUGCCUUUCACUUUUGACGUUGAAAGAAGUAUCGAUGACUGGGUUUUCAUGUGUUUCUUUGUGGGAAAUGACUUUCUUCCUCAUUUACCCUCUUUAGAGAUCAGGGAAGGAGCAAUUGAUCGUCUAGUGAACAUAUAUAAAAAUGUUGUGCACAAAACUGGGGGAUACCUUACAGAAAAUGGCUAUGUCAACUUGCAAAGAGUGCAAAUGAUCAUGUUAUCUGUUGGAGAAGUUGAAGAUAAUAUUUUUAAGAAGCGAAAAGAUGAUGAGGAAAAUUUCAGAAGAAGGCAGAAGGAGAAAAGAAAAAGGAUGAAAAGGGAACAGCAUUCUAUGCCUGGUGGCCAGUUCACCCCACAACCUUUGGGGAGGGGAAAUAGAGGAAGUCAUCAACCCAUCAAUAAUCCAAGACAUGCAGCCUUUGAAAUGAGAAUGCAGGACAGACAGAGCACUACUCCUUCAGCUUCUCCUAAUACGAGUUUCACCUCUGAUGGUUCACCAUCCCCAGCAGGAGGAAUUAAGCGGAAAGCAGAGGACAGUGACAGUGAACCUGAGCCUGAAGAUAAUAUCAGGUUAUGGGAAGCUGGCUGGAAACAGCGCUACUACAAGAACAAAUUUGAUGUUGAUGUCGCUGAUAAAAAUUUCCGUCGUAAAGUUGUACAGUCUUAUGUAGAAGGGCUUUGCUGGGUUCUCCGGUACUAUUAUCAGGGGUGUGCCUCCUGGAAAUGGUAUUAUCCAUUCCAUUAUGCGCCAUUUGCCUCAGAUUUUGAAGGAAUUGCAGACAUGCCCUCAGACUUUGAAAAAGGAACCAAACCGUUCAGGCCUCUUGAACAACUUAUGGGCGUCUUUCCUGCAGCUAGUGGUAACUUUCUCCCACCAACUUGGCGGAAUCUUAUGACUGAUCCGGAAUCAAGUAUAAUUGAUUUUUACCCCGAAGACUUUGCUAUUGAUUUGAAUGGAAAGAAAUAUGCUUGGCAAGGAGUUGCACUGUUGCCUUUUGUUGACGAACGCCGUCUGAGAGCUGCUCUAGCAGAGGUGUAUCCUGACCUCACCCCUGAAGAAAUCAGAAGAAAUAGCCUUGGUGGUGAUGUUCUCUUUGUUGGGAAACAGCAUCAACUUCAUGACUUCAUUCUCGAACAGUACAAGUCUGGUGAAAAAGAGGCAGUAGGCAUGCCCCCUGAACUGUGUCAUGGUAUUCAAGGAAAAUUAGCCAGGAAUGACAAUCCAGUUCUUCCUGAUGAGACAUUGCAUUCUCCUGUGCCCAUGCUGCGUGACCUGACACAGAAUUCUGCAAUAAGUAUCAACUUUAAGGACCCACAAUUCCAAGAAGACUUUAUUUUUAAGGCAGAGGUGUUAUCUGGAGCAAAGAAGCCUCCACCAGUUCUGAAGCCAGGUGACUGGGAGAAAACUAACAAUGAUGGCAGACCUUGGAGGCCACAGCUUGGCUUUAACCGCGACAGGAGGCAGGUUCACUUGGACCAGUCAUCAUUCAGAACUUUGGGUCAUGCAAUGUCAAGAAACAGGGGACAUUCUGGAAGUGGAGUUUACAGCAAUAUUGCUCCCCCUGGAGCUUACAAUCAGGGAAAUACUUACAGACCACUGCUGGGAAGACCACAACAGAUUCCAAAAUUGCUUUCAAAUGUUGGUCCCCAAGACUCAUGGCAAGGUCCUACACCUCUCUUUCAGCAUCCACCACAAAGAUUUGACAGAAAUUCAGGGGCCACUCCUCUUCUUGCAUGGAAUCGCAUGCCUCAUUCACAAGGACAACCGUACCAACAAAAUCAGUACCAGCGCCCAGGUGGACCAAUGAAUUACCCACAAAGGCCCAAUGAUCGGAGGGAAAGGGGAAGACAGGGAUAUGGAAGGCCUUACCCAUUGCCACCAUCUUCUGGAAGAUACAACUGGAAUUAGGCUUUCGGCAUUUCCACCAUUUAAAACAAUCCUUUUUUAAAUACCAUCUUUAUCAUCUUGAGUAAUUUCUAGGUGAUAAGCUUUCUUUUUAAACUGUGUACAUUUUUACUGAUAAGAUUUGAUAUGAUACAUAUGUUACUUUACAACUGUACUGCAGAAGACAAGUGAAAUUAGCCCUUAUUUGCUUGUGUGAGAAAUCUAAUGAAGCCGGAGUCCUGUUCUGUCUUUACUGUGUGGUUUUUAUUGCAUUACUACAUUGUUGAUGCCUUUCGUAUUCACAUCAGAAUCUCCCUUUGGUUCACAGCUAGGAAUAGCAUUGAAAACACACACAGAAAUUGUGUUUUAAUUGUGGAAGUUAGCUUAGAGGCUAUCUACAAGCACAAUGUUUUAAAGACUUUUGGUCAGCAUUCCUUCUAAAGUGCUUCAUUGUUGAUGUAUUUGUCCCUUUAAAAAAAAGUUGGUGAAGUUUUGAAGUAAAAGUUUCAUCUUUUACAACAUCAA